AUGGAUUUGCUCUCCUUUUCUUGUGUACGACCACAUACGAUCUUUUCUAAAAGAUAUUAUUUAAAAGUAAUAGAUGAUGAAGUUAUAAUAUCUGCAUUCAGCAAUUUCAAGAAUCCUAAAUAUAGACUAGAACUCAAAUUAUCGACCUAAAUUCUUUGGAAAAUGGGAAAGUCACAUUUAAAAGCAUUUGGAAUAUUUUACCAGAAUAAAAUCAAAUAUUUUGAAGCUUCACCUGCCAGUUUGGAAUAGUUCAAAAAAUUGAUAGGAGGAAGAGUAAUCUAUAGAAAUAUGGCUUCAUUCUAUGAACCAACAUAAUUCAUUGGAGAGGGAUUGUCGGCAAAGGUGUAUCGAAGCAUCGAGAAAUAAACCUAGAAGGCAGUUGCGGUAAAAAUGAUUAAACAAGAAUUUGGAAAAGAGGAACAAGCUUUGAACAUAGUCAAAACAGAAGUACAAAUUUUGCAGUCGCUAAAUCAUCCGAACAUUAUAAAGGUGCUUGAGGUUUAUGAAAAUGACCAGACAUUUUGGAUUGUUUAAGAGUUUGUCUAAGGAACUCCUUUGAGCGAUAUAUUAAAAUAAAAACUACCAACUGAAUAGAUAAAGAGGAUAAUGAGAAGUUUGUUGGAUACUAUAAGUUAUUUGCAAUCACUAAGAAUUGUGCACCGAGAUAUAAAGCCAGAAAACAUAAUAGUGGAGAAAAAUGGCUAAAUUAAGGUGAUUGAUUUUGGAUUUGCUGCUAAUCUGAAAUUUGGCUCUGUUAGCAGUGUGUGUGGAACACCAGGCUAUUAUGCACCGGAAGUACUUCGAUAAAAAGAAUCAAGUUUUAAUUCUGAUAUGUUCAGUGUUGGAGUUGUGUUAUUCAAUUUAAUGACAAAUUAACCCAUGCUUAAAUCCAAAAUGUACAAUGCUCAACAAUAUGUGGAGGACGAAGAAGCUGCUGAUUUGUUGAAAUAAAUGUUGGAAGUGGACCCGACUUUGCGAAUAACAGCUUAACAAGCACUCUAACAUCCCUUUUUUAAAGGCUUUGAAUCACUUAAUGAGAAACAAUAGUCUUCUGAACAUCAAAUAUUAUAACAACAAUUACUAAUUAAUUAAUAACAACAAUAUUAACCAUUGAAAAAAAGUAAUCAAAGUUUAGAUGCUAAAACAAUCAAAUCUCUCAGAACUACUAACAUAAUGGACUAAUGA